AGUUUCCUCAAGUUCAUGCGCAGAGGAAGAAGAGCUGCUUCUGGCACAGACUGCCAUUACAGGGCAGACCACUGCUGUAGCAGGACUCUUAUAUCCACUGUGCUGUGGAGUACGGGAUUAGAAAUGUUUUUCAAUUCCUUUCUUAGAACUGGAUUAUUUUUAUGUAAGCAGGACAGCAGUGGUAUAAAAUGCUUGCCAUCGAUCCUCCUCAGCGUUGGGACUCGGACAGCCAGUACACUGAUAGGUGGUGAUAAACAAAAAACCAUGGACGACUUGGAAGGUCCUAGCUUUCUGACAUCAUUAUACUGGCUUUUUGGAAAAGGUUAUUUUCAAACGACACAUCAAAUGCAGAUAGAGCACAGCAAAAUCUACGGCCCACUUUGGAAGUCCAAAUAUGGACCAUUGGUUAUUGUUAAUGUGGCCAGUGCAGACCUCAUAGAACAGGUUUUGCGGCAAGAGGGUCGCCAUCCCAUCCGCACUGACAUGCCCCACUGGAGAGGCUACCGGAAACUCCGGAAUCAUGCAUAUGGACCCCUCACAGAAAUGGGAGUGGAGUGGCAGCACAUCAGAAGCAUACUGAAUCCUCGCAUGCUGAAGCCCAAACACGUGUCCUCCUACACUAAUGCCAUUAAUAGCGUGGUGAGCGACUUUAUUGAGAAGGUGGCUAAGCUUAAGACAACAAAAGGCAAUGACGUUAUGGUGUAUGACUUGGCAGGAGAAUUGUACAAGUUCGCUUUUGAAGGAAUUUGCUCAGUGUUAUUUGAAACUCGUAUGGGGUGUCUUAAUGAUGUGGUUCCUGAAGAAACACAGAAGUUUAUCUUCUCUGUGGGGGAGAUGUUCCGUCUUUCUCCCAUCGUGAUUCUGUUUCCCAAAUCUCUCUGGCCCUACAUGCCUUUUUGGAAGCAUUUUGUGGCUGUUUGGGACCAUUUGUUCAAAGUUGCGGAAGAACUGGUGCAGAAGAAGAUGACAGAGAUUGAGGAAAUGGUGAAACAUGGUCAGCCAGUGGAGGGCGAGUAUCUCACACACCUCCUGACCAGUGAACAGAUGUCCUUCACUGAGGUUUUGGGAAGCAUAACGGAGCUUCUGCUGGCUGGAGUUGACACUACUUCAAACACUAUUUCCUGGGCUCUGUAUCACUUGGCACGGGAGCCAGAGAUCCAGCAGAAGCUGCAUGAGGAGGUGAUCAGGGUCUGUCCGGGGGACAAGGUGCCCUCCAGUGAUGACAUCACCAGCAUGCCAUUGCUAAAGGCCAUCGUUAGAGAGACCCUUCGGUUGUAUCCAGUGGUUCCUGGAAAUGCUCGUGUCGUUGCUGAAAGUGAAAUAGUGGUUGGUGACCACCUGUUCCCUAAAAACACUCUGUUCCACCUCUGCCACUUUGCGGUGUCCUAUGAUGAGAAGGUGUUCCCCAAUCCUUCUGCUUUUCUCCCUCAGCGAUGGAUCCGGGGGCAGAAGCAGUUAAACCAUCACCCCUUUGGGUCUGUGCCUUUUGGCUUCGGCAUUCGCGCCUGCCUUGGCCGCAGAGUGGCUGAACUGGAGAUGUACCUCCUUUUGUCCCGGUUAAUUAAACACUAUGAAGUGCGCCCAGACCCUUCAGGAAAGACUGUGAAGCCGAUCACACGAACUCUGCUGGUCCCUGCCACAUCUAUGGACCUUCAGUUUAUUGACAGGUAAAAAGAGCAAGAGGAACCAGUCAAAGCAAAAUGCUUCUAUAUAAAGAACUGUGCUCUUCUCAAAGCAGUGUGCUUCUAGAUGAUGAUGUUUACAAAUUUGAUAUGACACGUAUAAUUGCAAAAUGUAACUACAAUACGUAGUGCUGACUAAAUUAAAUGGCUUUACUGUUCUUAUUUAUAAUUAACAAAGACUUAUUUUAAUGUUAUAAAUACGUAUAUACUGUAAUAUAAUUUUUGACAUUACAUUGUAUAAAUAGUUUUGUUUAAAUAGAAUUGUAUGUGGAUUAAUUUAUCAAAUGUAAGUUUUUUAGAUCUUUUACAAAUAAUGUCAACUUUUUUUUGUUAUUUGUAAAUACUCCUUAAUCUUUGCAAUUAUAUUUUUUUAUUUUUCAAGGAAAAUAAUAUCACAGUUUAACAUCUAAUUUCAGAUUACAUUUGCUGAUAAGAAUAAUAUUCAUAUUAAACACAUGUUGCAACCGCU